CUCGCCUUUUAAUUUUUUUAAAAUUUCUUUUUUUGCAAAAUUUGUUCAUCAUGUUUAUCAAUUAUAACAAUUUUUUAUAAUGCCAUCUUUUCACACCAAAACUAUAGAAAAUAUUUUAGGGCCUGUUGCUGAUCAGGUUUCUAGGUUGGUAAUAUUGCACGAAGAAGCAGAGGAUGGAAAAGCUAUGCCUGAUCUUGGCAAACCCAUCAAGGCUGUUAGCCGAGCAGUUGACAAUUUAGUUCGAGUUGGCAAGGAUACCUACCAUAAUAGCGAAGACAAAGUAUUGAAACAAGAUAUGCCCAUAGCAUUACACCGGGUCGAAGAAGCGUCCAAAUUUUUAGAACAAGCCUCCGAAUUACUCGUCGAUGACCCUUUUUCAUUAUCCGCUCGCAAAAAAUUGAUCGAUGGAGCAAGGGGUAUUCUACAAGGAACGUCGCUACUUUUACUAGCCUUCGACGAGUCAGAAGUUCGUAAAAUUAUAGCUCAAUGUAAAAAAGUAUUGGAAUACUUUGCAAUAGCCGAGGUCAUCGAAAAUAUGGAAGAUUUGGUUAAGUAUGUUAAAGAUUUAACGCCUAGCCUUACAAAUGUCACCAAAAUGGUAUCAUUCAGGGAGAAAGAAUUAACUCAUCAAGUGCAUUCGGAAAUUUUGCAGCGUAGCUUAAUUAACAUAAAAGAUCAGACACCUCUAUUAAUAUCGAGCAUGAAGAUAUAUAUUCAAAUUUUAAAUCAAGGAGGCAAAGGGAUCGAAGAAUCGCGUGCUAAUCGUAACUACCUUAUAACCUGCAUGAGUCAAACGGUCGAAGAAAUUAUAAGAAUCCUGCAACUCACCACUUAUGAAGAAGACGAGUCUUCUCUCGAUGAAAUUACUAUUAUGAAAAAGGCUUUAAAAGCUUUUGAAAGCAAAUUGAUAGCCUGCCAUGAUUGGCUCCAAGAUCCAAAUGCGAUCCAGGGUGGAAUGGGAGAAAAGGCCAUCCGUAAUACAUUAGAAAACGCUCUAAAGAUAGCUAGCAAAUGUAACAAAAGUGAUAAGGACAUCAUAACUAAAGCCGUCGGUGAUAUAUCUGCCUUAACGGACGCUUUAUGCGAAUUAAGAUUGGAUGAUAAGGGCGAUAGUCCACAGGCUCACUCUCUCUCUAAAAGCGUACAACAAUCAUUGUCUUCCCUCAACGAAAAACUAGCCUCGGCCGUGUCCCGAUUUAUCUCUUCAUCUCCUGUCACUUCCCAUCUUCCUCACUUUUCUUCGCACCAAAAUGAAGGUGUAGAUGAAACUCUAAAUGAAUGCUGCAAAAGGGGUAAAGCCUGGCUAGCACGACCCAUGGCUUUUUCGGUCCGAGAACGAGAGAAAGCUGUUGCAUCCCUUAUGCGAGUUACAAGCUUUGCACAUCGUAUGGAAGUUUUGGCUCCCGGGGGGGAGGAAGGAUUAGAAAAGGCAGUAAGGAGACUAGAGGAGAUGUGUAAGAAAAGGCCCGAAAAUAAGGAAAAUCAAAUGGCGUGCCAGCAAUUAGCUCAAACCAUUUCUAAUCAAAUAGAUGAAUAUGAAUUUUUGAUAAAUAAGAAUUUAACAGCUCAAGCCCUGGCGUACUUUUUGGAUAUCAUUUCACCGCUUAAACAUUUUCUCGAAGCAAUUAUUAUUCCGUUAGACAAUCCAGAUCGAGAAGAUAUUUUUGAUGAAAGAGCUAAGAAUUUAUUAAAAUUUACCAAUCAAAUUAGUGAUAUUUUAAAAUUAUUUGCAAAUAACGGAAAUAUUGGAAAGAAAAACGCGGAAGAACUACGUUUAAUGGCCAAACAAAUUGAAGAUUUAACCCAUCAACUUGUGUCAGCCGCCAAAAUUAAAUUUCAUUUCCCAGACAACAAACAUGCCGAAGAACACUUCAAUAUAUUAUAUCAGAAACUUUCGGAAAUGGUUGUUAACGCCCGUAAUUUAUUAGAUGCCUCCCUGAAUAGCGAAAUUUUUAUACACGUAGCUUUGGAAAAUAUUAAUCAUCACUCAACCGAAUGUGAGCAAGCGUUUGCUCACAACCAACCACAACGUUUCGUCGAGAACACAUCGCAAAUAGCAAGAUUAGCUAAUCGAGUUUUAAUGAUAGCUAAGCAAGAAAGUGAAAAUUCGGAGGAUUACGAAUUUCAUCAACAAAUAGACAAGGCUUCGUUAACACUCAAUAAAGAUAUUUUGAAUAUGGUGCAAAAUGCAACGCAAAUCGCUUCGGACUUUCAAAAUAAUAUUUUACUUAGCAAAUGGAGAGACGCAAAUAAUGGAAUUCUAACUUCCGUUAAAAGGGUACAACUGGCUAUAAAUGGAAAUGGAUCAUUAUCCAAUAAUUUACAAAAACUUCGAUUGUCUCCAUACAAUAAAACAAGACCUGAUUCUUCAACCGAUAAUUAUAAAACUAGGAACCCAGGAGACACAAUUCAUUCAAAAUCACCAUUGCCAAAUAUUGUACCACCUAGGCCACCGCCCCCAGAAACAGAUGAUGAAGAUGACUAUAUGCUUAAAUUCCCUCCUAAUGAAAAUCAACCUAUUCUACAAGCUGCUCAUUCACUUCAUCAAGAUAUACGGCAAUGGUCAAGUAGAGACAAUGAAAUUAUUGCAGCAGCCAAACGAAUGGCUUUGUUUAUGGCAAAAUUAAGUCAAUUAGUUAGAGGUGAAUGUGGAUCUAAAAGAGACUUGAUUGAUUGUGCUAAAGAUAUUGCCGAAUCUUCAGGAGAUGUAACUAGAUUAGCUAAAGAACUGGCGAAACAAUGUACUGACAAGAGAAUGCGAACUAAUUUGCUUCAAGUAUGUGAAAGAAUCCCUACUAUUGCCACUCAGCUUAAAAUCCUGUCUACAGUUAAAGCGACUAUGUUAGGAGCUCAAGCUUAUUGUUUGCAUGACGAUUCUACUCAAUAUGGUAGUGAUGAAGACGUGGAGGCAACCGAAAUGUUGGUUGGUAAUGCUCAAAACCUAAUGCAAAGCGUUAAAGAAACAGUAAAGGCCGCCGAGGCUGCUUCUAUUAAAAUAAGGACCGAUUCUGGAUACACAUUAAGAUGGGUACGGAAAAGGCCCUGGUACCAGUAUUAAUUUUUUUAAAUGCGCCGAUUAUCUAGCAAAUUGUUAUUUUCCCUCUUAUCAAAUGGUCAUUUAUUUUUAUAUUUAAACACUUUUUGUAAACAUCACAGCUACUUAACUAUUUAUUUAUCAUGGCCAAUUUGUCUUCUGCUUAUUAUUUUUAUAAAUAAAUAUUAU